AGCGGAAGCGGAAGUCAGUGCAGCAUGCUGUGUUUUUGGAGGAAAGCAGAUGCAUAAUGGCUUUCUGCAUUGUAUCUAAAGUUAGACAUGUUAUUCAAACCAUUAGAUGCAUCUCAGCACAUCAUACUUUUGUUCAAGAAGGAGGAAAUCAAUGGUUAUCAUUAAAUGUCCCUUGUCAAUGGUCACAAUGCAGAACAUUAAAGCUAUACCAAUGUCUGAAGUCUGAGGAUAACAAAUUAGAUCUGGAUGAAUGGAAAUCUAUAAUAAAAUCUGGUACCCAUAGUGUUGAAGUAGAAAAGGAUGCUGAGCCGGUAGAGGAAACCUCUCUAGCUGGUAUGAGAGAAUUGGUAGAAAUGUGGAGACUAGCAGGGAGAGCUGUGCCAGAGUCAAUGAGCAAUGAACAACUGCAAGCCUUAAUGGAUCUUCCCACAGUCACAGGAAGGAAAAAGUACUUGAAGUUCCUCUCCAAAAAGGAACUGGAAAAAAACAACAGACGCAAGAAGAAGCAAGAACUUCAAAAAGCCAGAAUGGAAAGCUUGGAUCAGUUAGAAGUAAAGGAGGAAAGCGAAAUAAAAAAUACCAUGUUUUUAAAGUUCUGGGAUAGCACUAUUGAUAGCUUACAGCGUUGGAGACUUGCACAGGCAAUGCAAUUUGGUCAGCCUCUAGUUUUUGACAUGGUGUAUGAAAACUACAUGUCACGGUGGGAAUUGGAAAACACAGUGGAUCAAUUAAUAAUGACCGAAGGAUGGAAUAGACGAUCUAGAGAUCCUUUUCAUAUACACUUUUGCAGUCUCCAGACUGAUGGCCCAUACCAUAAACAUUUGGAAAAGCGAUACACUGGUUCUUGGGAUAAAGUCUUAGUAACUGCUACUGAGAAAUCUCAUGUUGACAUCUUUCCUAAAGAUCAACUUGUCUACUUAACAGCAGACUCCCCUAACGAGUUAAAGAAAUUUGAUCAUAAUAAAGUUUACAUUGUUGGUUCCUUAGUUGACAAAUGUCAACAGACAGGGUUAUCCUUAGCAAAUGCCAAACGUUUAAAUUUGGCCACUGCAAGGUUACCACUGGACAGAUACUUAAGGUGGGACUGCGGGGCUAAAAAUCUCACUCUUGACCAAAUGAUUUGCAUUCUCCUGAGUUUAAAGGAACAUGGGGAUUGGAAAAAGGCAUUGUCAUUUGUUCCAACACGAAAACAUGAAGGGUUCGUAGAGCGUGGUCAUUCUCAAGAAAAGUCCUUCCGAAAACUGAAAGACUCUGGAGAAUGGGGACAAUCUCGAGACAAGCCUUUGUUUAAAAAAUUCAACAAUGUACAAAAAUGGUAA